CUGCAACAUGCACCCCAUAGAGUGGGAGAGUGAGAGAGAGAGAGAGGGAGGGGGGGAGAGAGAGAGAGAGAGAGAGAGAGAGAGAGAGAGAGAGAGAGAGAGAGAGAGAGAGAGAGAGAGAGAGGGAGAGAGAGAGUGUGUGUGUGUGAGAGAGAGAGAGAGAGAGAGAGAGAGAGAGAGAGAGAGAGAGAGAGAGAGAGAGAGAGAGAGAGCGUGUGGGUGUGUGUGUGUGUGUGAGAGAGAGAGAGAGAGAGAGAGAGAGAGAGAGAGAGAGAGAGAGAGCGAGAGAGAGAGAAAGAGGGAGAGAGAGGGAGAGAGAGGGAGAGGGAGAGAGAGAGAGAGAGAGAGAGAGAGAGAGAGAGAGAGAGAGAGAGAGAGAGAGAGAGAGAGAGCGAGAGAGAGAGAGAGAGGGAGAGAGAGGGAGAGGGAGAGAGAGAGAGAGAGAGAGAGAGAGAGAGAGAGAGAGAGAGAGAGAGAGUGAGAGAGAGGGGGGGGGAUGAGCUGAAACUUUCGAAUGG